AUGGUUGCAGUGAUCGUUCGGGGUGUUUCUGUUGUCAUCUCUGUCCUCUUCUCCGCUGUCUUCGGUAUUUUCUGCCUCAUUCUCUUUAUCGAGUCCCUCAUCUCCGUAAUUACGGGCGACACGAAAAUCGACCGUCUGAAGGAAAUCGAGUCCAGACACAGCCGCACGACCAAUCUGAGCGAAGUCUUCGGUGGGAACGGGCGUUUUUCGUUGAGUUGGCUGCUGCCCACGCGUCCGACUUACUCGCACUUCGAAUCCUUAGCGGAGUAUGUUUUGGACCCCGAGGGGCAGCGCUGGGCGCGCUACACGAGCGACUUGGAUUGUUUUGUUUGA